GAUUGAUAUAGAAACCCCAUACAUGCCCAUUUUCAUCACACUGGCAUUGAAUUACUGCACUAUAGCCAUGUUAAUUUCCGAUGGGGAAUUGCCAGUGGGACACAUUUAAAGGAUAUACACAAUCAACCAUGCCUUUAACACGCUGUGAGUCUAUCAUGAUUGUACAUGUAGAAGUGACGUUGACACUGCCGUCUAAAUCCUCUACUACAGCCUGUGGUUAUACAGCCAUCUCCAGGUAUAUCACUUUUUCCAUCAGUCAUCUAUUCAUACAUGCAGUGAUUUAGCUGUGUAUAUGGUGAAGUUAUGUUAGGUGCCAAGUGACUCGUUUCUCAAACGUCCAAAGCCAAUCAUGAGAUUAACACCAAAACUUGUGGUGAAACUUGUCGGUGUCAUUUUCUUCAUCUUGUUCCUGUUCUAUUACCAAAUGGAGAAAACACAACAAGGUCAACUGUAUGUAACAAGAAGGAAAGCGGGAGACUCCUACCUGAUUGAAAAUCAUGAAAUUUUAAGAAAUGCUAACAGAGUGGACCAAGAGGACAGUAUUGCCAACAACAAGUUGAAAUUUUUUCCAAAUCAUGUGGGCCCUGGUGAUGACCAUCUCAGGGUCGUUACACAGAUGGCGGAGACACACGCACCAACUGCAGUCUUUAGAAAAGAUGUUUUAGGAAACUAUGAACAAGAACAAAAAGUCAGAACUGGACCUGGAGAAUAUGGCACACCUGUUUACACCUCCAUGGCAGAGAAAGUGUCUGCCGAUCGCUCGUACAACACGUACGGCUUCAAUAUGGUCGCCAGCGAUAAGAUUUCAUUGGACAGGAAUGUUCCAGAUUCAAGAAUGAAGGAAUGUAAAUACUGGCAUUACCCCGAAGUUGAAAAUCUUCCCACUGCCAGUGUAAUUCUUGUUUUCAUGAAUGAAGGCUGGUCGACCUUACUAAGGACAGUCCAUAGUGUCAUCAAUAAGAGUCACCCCAAGUUACUUAAGGAAGUGAUCUUAGUGGAUGAUUGUAGUGAAAAAAAUCAUUUAAAAUCGAAAUUAGAAGAAUAUAUCAAGCGCUUUGAUGGUAAAGUGAAACUCUACCGUAACGAGAAGAGAGAAGGCCUGAUUCGUACAAGAACUGCUGGUGCCCGAUACGCCACCGGUGACGUCAUCAUAUUCCUUGAUGCGCAUUGUGAAUGCAAUAUCAACUGGCUGACACCGUUGCUGGCUAGGAUUGCUUACGAUAGAAAGAUCAUGGCUGUGCCGAUAGUUGACAGUAUCUCCAACAGAAACUUUGCUUACAGUUCCUCGUACAGUGGCAGGUCAACCUACCAGGGCAUUUUUGAAUGGGGCUUCUUGUAUAAAGAGGCAAGGGUACCAGAUAAGGAAUUGAAGAAAAGAACUUAUAACAGUGAGCCAUAUUGGUCCCCCACUCACGCUGGCGGUCUGUUUGCAAUGGACAGAAAAUAUUUCUUUGAGCUUGGAGCAUACGAUCCAGGAUUAUUGAUAUGGGGUGGUGAAAACUUCGAGCUGUCAUUCAAGAUCUGGCAGUGUGGUGGCAAGGUGGAGUGGGUGCCAUGUUCACAUGUGGGUCAUGUUUACAGGACUCGCACACCUUACAGCUAUGGAAAUCUAAAAGUACCAGUCGUUGAGCAGAAUUAUAUGAGAGUAGUUGAAGUCUGGUUGGAUGAUGAGUACAAAGAAUACUUCUAUACCCGGCAACCAGCAAUACGUGGAUAUCCAGUUGGGAAUCUCACAGCCCAGUUCGAGUUGAAGAAACGAUUAAAUUGUAAAAGUUUUAAAUGGUUCCUGGAGAAUGUAGCUUAUGAAGUGACCAAGCGAUUUCCACCUCCACCGCCAAAUAAAGUAUGGGGAGAGAUCAAACAUACUGGUAGUACCAUGUGUGUUGAUACGAUGGGUGCAACACCAGGUCAUGGAAAUCUAGGGUUGAGUCCCUGUCAUCAUGGCGGAGGCAACCAGCUCUUCCGAUUGAAUACAAAGGGCCAGCUGGCAACGGGGGAGCGAUGCAUCGAUGCUAGAAAAGGAGCAGAAGUUCCAAUGAUAAGCUACUGCUCUUCCGGCCAAAAUGGUCCUUGGGAUUAUAAUCAGGACACCAAACAAUUAACUGCUAAGGAACUGAAUCUGUGCUUAGAAGGAAUUGGUACUAGUCUCACUCUCAAUGCGUGUGAGGCUAAUAAGAAAGAUCAGCAAUGGGACAUUCAUGAAGUACAUCUUUGGUCGAAGAGGUAGGCCCAAAUCAAUCUCAAUUCACAUGGACAACAGUUUAGGCAAGGGAAUACAGUAGAACCUCUCCGCUAAGGGAGGUUCCACUGUAUAUCUGGAAAGGCGUUGACUUUUAGUGAAGCUUUGUCCAGCUGGAUUUUGUAAUACAGAGUUUGCAAUUCUGCAGAUUUCAGUAAUGCCUGAUCUGAUGAACAAUUUUUUUGGCAGCUGCAGAGCCUAUUCAACAGGACUGACCUGUACUGUGUCUACAUAUUGGUUUACUUUGUAAAAGUAUUAUUUUUGGCAAUGUAAACUCAAUAUACAUGAGCUUGUGAACAAUUGUGUUUCUUCAACAUACUGUUAACACAAUAAGUCAAUGCGUGUUACAUUUACGAGUCUGUUUAUUUCGGUAUCCGUAGUGAUUCAUGUGUCAAUAAAUACUCCAAAACAGAACAGAACA